UCUGUAGGGGAGGAAUUUCCAUCUGCGCUCCUCGCCCUGUCAGUUCGAGGUUCGCGGUGCCAGGCAGCACGGCAGUUUCAGUGGCGUUGGACGAAUCCAUCUAGCCCAGACCAUGGAUUCGUUGUAUAUCACUCACAAAAUACCGUGCAAACACGGCUCAGAAUAAAAAACAUGACGAGCCAUGAGCAAUGAGACGGCGCGGAUCUUCAAUUAAGGUCUGCCCCACCCGGCGCUUGGCGGUCAACUAACUCCAAUCAUUCCGUGCAUGUGCUUCACAUUACCUCCCACAAACCACAUACGCUCGGAUUAAGUUUCUGGCUCCAUUGUGCGACUCAUGAACCCCAUCGGAUAAUUACAACGUGAAGAGGAGUGAUACCAUGUCACAAAAUGUCGGCGAUGCAUCCAAAGUGUCGUCGCCAGGCCGCCCGCGGCAUCAAAUAACCAGGUCGAUCUCCGAAAUAUCAUCGCCCAUCCGUCUGCAUCGCGAGAGAGAAACACGCACUCCGGUCGCGCAGUCGGCACUAUCGGCUGUUCAAGGCAGAAGAUCAUAUGAAUGGUCACGGUCCGAGACGGUGACGCCGAACCUCAGCCCAAACGCCAGCCGGCGGACGAGUAUCCUCUAUGCGUCGGCUGAUGAAGCGAUGCCAACGACCAAACCUCCGAAGGACAGUGGUCUAGCUAAUGGACUGGCCAAGGAACAGCAGAAGGCUGCUGCCCGGGAGAGUGGCCUACAAAGAUCGUUGGCAGAACUCGAGUCUUUUGCAAGUUCGACAACAAAGCGGCUAGACGACACAUAUCACUCCUUACUUGAUAAGCUAAGCACAUUACAAAGCACAGUCGCAGCAUUGAAGGAGCUCGCCGAUCUCUCGCGUCAGUUGAAUAACUCCUUCAGCGCCGAGGCCGAGGAACUGGUGGUAGACGUCGGCUCGCAGCUUGAUUCCUUCGGGCAGUUUGAAGACCAGCAGAAGCGCAUCGAAUCGCUACGAGACCGAAUUCAUGCCGGGCGGAAGCGCAUCAGGUCACUGAGCGAGCGGGUCGAUGCCGUGAGUGAGCGGAUCGAGAACUGGGAGCGUGCAGACAGGGAAUGGCAGGAGAAGACUAGGAAGCGUCUCAAGACUGUGUGGAUCGUCGUCACUGUUGUCAUCUUCUCCAUGCUCUUUCUGUUUGUUGGCUCCCAGUAUGUGAACGGGGGCUGGGAGGAGACGACGGCCCCUGAUGCAAACAAAGACUUGAAUACAUUGAGGGGUGUCGCUGGGGCGAACACAGAUCUGCUCUGGACGUUGAGAGCCACGGGUUCACAUGGGAACGACGAGCCAAAAAACAGUACUGGACCCUCUGUCGCAUCGUCCACUAUGACCGACAUGCUCAGGAUGUUCGACGAACUAUAACAAACGCCUUAGUGGAUGCUCUCCCAACCGGCGCUGGAGCACCGAGCAUACGCAUUGUUGUUCAUUUCAUUGGUUCUUAUUUCAUAACUACAUAGUCUUGAUACCCAGCUACAACUACAAGAUAGAUAGAUGCCAACGAAGUCAGCACCUCGUCGUAACUCCUUCCAAACUGCCACUCCGUU